AUGGCCAUCCAGUCACUGCGCGAAAUCAACGCGUACAAUCUACGCACCUUCAAACGCCACUAUGUCUCAGAGAUCUCCGGAUCGCUUGGCGAUCUGGGAACAUUCCUGCCAAUCGCCAUCGCGCUAUCCUUCAACGGCACCGUCUCCCUCGCCAGCACGCUGAUAUUCUCGGGAAUAUUCAAUAUUUUAACCGGGGGAUUCUUCGGUAUCCCAUUACCAGUCCAGCCAAUGAAGGCCAUCGCCGCCGUAGCUAUUGCGCGUAGCUUCUCAAAUGGCACGAUCGCUGCAGCGGGCAUCUUCGUCGGUGCUUGUCUACUCCUCUUCAGCUUAACGGGUAUCCUGCACUGGUUCGCCAGCGCGAUUCCAAUUCCAGUUAUAAAGGGUAUCCAAGUCGGCGCAGGGUUAUCCCUCAUCAUCGCCGCCUGUAACAGCAUGCUCCAUCCCCUCGGCUGGACCUACCCGUCCUGGGCGGACAACCGUAUCUGGGCGAUUGCUGCCUUUGUUGCGCUUCUACUCACCAAUGUUUAUCGUCGAGUACCGUAUGCACUUGCAGUGUUAGCCCUGGGGUUGGGACUUGCCGUGAUCCGCACGACAGUCGCGGGUCAUAUGCCCGCUUUCGAGUUAUGGCAGCCCUUCACUGUGAUUCCGACAAGACAUGAAUGGCGCAUCGGCGCUGUUGAUGCUGGUAUUGGUCAAAUUCCGCUUACUACGCUCAACUCUGUUGUGGCGGUUGUGCAUCUGGCGAAUGAUCUGCUGCCGAACGUGCAUACUCCGUCAAUCACACAUAUCGGGCUGAGUGUGGCGGGCAUGAACUUACUGGGCUGCUGGUUUGGCGCGAUGCCUGUAUGUCACGGCUCGGGUGGUCUAGCAGCACAGCAUAGAUUUGGAGCUCGUUCGGGAUCAAGUGUGAUCUUCCUUGGCGUGUUGAAGCUUAUUAUUGGAUUCUUCUUUGGAGAGACCUUGAUCGAUUUUCUUAGGCGUUUUCCUACUGCUUUCCUCGGUGUGAUGGUCAUUGCGGCUGGAUCGGAGCUGCUUAGCGUCGGUGAGAGCCUCAACACCACUGGUGCUCGGGAUCUCACGCAAGCCGGUUCUGGCCUUCUCGCUCAUACGCAGCAGCAUCUUGGUCCUAUUCUCACGGACGAAGAACGCUCUCGUCGCUGGACUGUCAUGAUGGUCACUGUGGGAUUGUUAGUAGGGUUCAAGAACGAUGCGAUUGGCUUCAUUGCCGGUAUGCUUUGCCACUGGGCGUAUGAGAUUCCAGAGUGGUUGGAAAGAGGGCGCAGCCGCUGGUCAGAGGGACGGUUGCGUCUACAAGAGUGA